UUCAGCUCUUUACUUCCGUGGCGUGGAGACGGUGGCUCCGGCAGCCCCGGUUGGCUGGUCCACACCAUGGCCACCUGUUGGCAGGGCCUAUGGGCCUAUCGCUCCUACCUGAUUGUGCUAUGUCUGCCCAUUUUCCUGUUGCCUUUGCCCAUCCUUGUUCACAGAAAGGAAGCCUACUGCGCCUAUGCCAUCAUCCUCAUGGCUCUCUACUGGUGCACGGAGGCCCUGCCCCUUGCUGUCACUGCCCUCCUCCCCAUCAUCCUCUUUCCCCUGAUGGGCAUCAUGGACGCUUCUGAGGUCUGCAUUGAGUACUUCAAGGACACCAACAUCCUGUUUGUCGGGGGACUCCUGGUGGCCAUCACCGUGGAGCACUGGAACCUGCACAAGCGCAUCGCCCUCCGCGUGCUCCUCAUCAUUGGCGUGAGGCCUGCCCUGCUGAUCCUGGGCUUCAUGUUGGUCACAGCCUUCCUCUCCAUGUGGAUCAGCAACACAGCCACGACGGCCAUGAUGGUGCCCAUCGCGCACGCUGUCUUGGAGCAGCUGCACGGUACUGAAAAGGAUGUCGAGGAAGGCACUGACAACCCCUCGUUUGAGCUUCAGGAAACAAGUUCCCAGAAGGAGGUGGCUAAGCUUGAUAACGGGCAGGUGGCUCCUGCUUCUUCGGAACUUCUGGCACAGAGGAACAAGGAGCAGCUCCGCUUCAGACAGGGCAUGAGCCUGUGUGUCUGCUACUCAGCCAGCAUAGGGGGCAUCGCCACACUGACUGGCACGACGCCCAACCUCGUGCUGCAAGGCCAGGUGGACUCGCUCUUCCCCAAAAACGGCAACGUGGUGAAUUUUGCCUCCUGGUUCGGCUUUGCCUUUCCCACCAUGAUCAUCUUGUUGCUGCUGGCGUGGGUGUGGCUGCAAGUCUUCUUCCUGGGUUUCAACUUCCGGAAGAACUUUGGCCUCGAGAAAGAGCAGCAUGAUCAAAAGCAGGCAGCCUUUCAGGUCAUCAAGACCCAGCACAAGCAGCUGGGUCCCAUGAGCUUUGCAGAAAAAGCUGUCACUACCCUCUUCGUGGCCCUGGUGGUACUCUGGUUCACCCGAGAGCCAGGUUUCUUCCAAGGCUGGGGUAACCUCGCUUUUGCCAAUGAAAAGGGACAAAGCAUGGCAUCGGACGGGACAGUAGCCAUCUUCAUCAGCAUGAUUAUGUUCAUGAUGCCCUCCAAGAUCCCAGGGCUGACCCAGGACCCAGAAAAUCCAGAGAAGCUGAAGGCCCCUCCUGCCCUGCUCACCUGGAAGACAGUGAAUGAGAAGAUGCCCUGGAAUAUCGUGUUCUUGCUGGGUGGUGGCUUUGCCCUGGCCAAAGGCAGUGAGAAGUCGGGCCUGUCAGCAUGGCUGGGGGACAAACUGACCCCUCUGCAGCACGUGCCACCUCCAGCCACUGCCAUCAUCCUCUGCCUGCUGGUGGCCACCUUCACUGAGUGCACUAGCAACGUGGCCACCACCACACUCUUCCUGCCCAUCUUGGCCUCCAUGGCUCAGGCCAUCUGCCUCCACCCCCUCUACGUCAUGCUCCCCUGCACCCUGGCUGCCUCUCUGGCCUUUAUGCUGCCAGUGGCCACCCCGCCCAAUGCCAUCGUCUUCUCUUUUGGGGGCCUCAAGGUGUCUGAUAUGGCCCGAGCGGGAUUUCUGCUCAACAUCAUCGGGGUGUUGGUCAUCACACUGGCCAUCAACAGCUGGAGUAUCCCUAUCUUCAAGCUAAACACGUUCCCCCACUGGGCCCAAUCCAACACCACCCAGUGCCUGUCCAACUCCUCGGUGCUCGGCCCCUAGACCCACGUGCAGCCCGGCCACGCCGAGGACAGACAACCCACCCGGCAGCAUCCCACUCCCCGGGGCCGGGAGGGGGCGCCCCCGAGCGCCCUGGACCAAAGGUGGGGGGGGGGAGGCGGGCCCGCGCACGCGCAGUCGGGUGCCCGAGCGUCUGCACCGGCCGUGUGCGCGGCUCGCUCUCCCGUAGUGUGCGCAGGGAAGUGCGCACGUCUGCGUGUGCGUGGCACGUGCGCGCGCGCGUCUGUUUUGGUCUGAGGGUGUCGGAGCUGCUGUGUGCAUGGGGAACGGUGCACGCGUUUGCGUCCACGAAAUGCAACCCGCCCCUUGUCUCCCAGCUGAGCUUCCAGACCCCUUUGCACUGUAUUUAUUGACCCUCAACCUGUGAGUGUGCCCACGUGGACACAGCCUCGGGAGCUGCCCGGCACCCUGGUCCCCCCAGCCCCGGGACUUGGGGAAGGCUCGAAUGUUCAUUAAAGCUUUUUUCAGUA